UCGAAUCCUUUUUUUGCGUGCAAGCGUGAAGAGUUCCCGGUUAUAGAUACCCGGUGGUAUGGUGAGCGUUGGGUUCUCCCUUUUACCAGCAACUUCAGGAAGAGCAUGGAGGGAGGUAUCGGUGCUGCCUUUGUUCCCACGUUUGCCUACUCGACGAUGAGUCUUGGGAAGAGGGAGGAUCUCAGCAAUAUUGUCGGAAUCGAUAUCGCUGUUGAACUAGGUCGACUCGCCUUCGUUAAUGUUGAGCUCGGACUUGAUCAUCUCUUCCAAUAUCACGAGGCAUGCCGAGGAUGA